GUUUUGAAGGUAUCAUAAUACAAGUGUCAUAGCCAGUUCUUUGAGUAACCCAUAUUUUUUUUUCCCUUACCUUUCUGCUAAACUGCCCCACCUUAUUUACACCCUCAUUAACUCAUCGGGAAUUCUUCAAUAAUUUUCACGCGUAACCUUACGGAAGUGAAGGGCAGGAGAGGGUUGUGUUGACCUCGUCCUCUUCCUCUCUCCCUCUUUCCCUCCCUUCUCCCCCGCUGGUCCCAAUACCAAUACAGAGAGAACUCUCGCCGAAACACCCAUUUCACAACUCUCGUCUUUCACCAACCUCCUUCGUCACUCCCUGACCACCACAACAACCCACCAACACUCUUCCUGUCUUCCUUCGCGCAUCCGGUUUCGUUUCAGGAUAUAGACCGCUUUGCUCUUCUCUGCUCCUCCUUUUUUCCUUUUUCCUUUAAAAUCUCUUUCCCCUCUCUCUUUCUCUCUCUCUUCUCUCUUACGUGGCUCCGCCUCUACGUGAACCAUGUCCCAGCUGCCCCACGGUGUUGCGGAGAGUCUCCAGCAGCUCCUCUUGGGCCUGGAGUCCAGCGAUAAUAGCAUUCGAAGUGAGGCCGAGAAGAGCCUGAAUAAUGAUUGGGUUCUGGCGAGGCCCGAUUUACUACUUUCUGGUCUUGCGGAGCAGGUGCGGGCGGCAGAUAGUCCUGGUGUGAGUCUAUCAUCCCCUCCUAAUCGCCUCCCCUCCCCCACUUGAUCCCUGAAGUCUGUUUUUUUUUUUCCCCCCCUUCCGCCACGCCAAAACAUAAACAUUACAACAUGACAACGGCAACCAGUUUUCAUUAUCAUUAUCAUCUCUCGAUUUAUUUGGCUCGUCUUUUUUUAUUUAUUUUAUUACCCGGUGGUUGGGCUAAUUUUUUUCACCAAUUUGGCGGUGGAUAGAAACGCUCCUUUGCUGCCGUCUUGUUCCGGCGGAUAGCCAGUAAAGCAUCAACAAAGGAUAAUCAACCUAGUGAACUGUUCCUAUCAUUGGCCCCCGAAAUUAAAAUUUACAUUAGGAAUGUUUUGCUUAGUUGCUUCUCGGAGGAAACGGACAAGGCCGCUAGAAACAAGACUGGUGAUGCCGUAGCUGAGGUGGCUAGACAGCUGAGCGAUGCGGGUGUGUGUUCUCUUCUUCCCAUAAUUACCAGGGCCUCGGCCUGUUGGUUAUUCAGAGUCAAUUUUUCACCCGUUUCAAUACCUCCCCUCAAAGUUGUUUAAUUCUGACUAUUUUUUACCCCGAGCAGAGGAGUCAUGGCCGGAACUUUUGCACGCUCUUUUCCUAGCCAGCAAGCACCCAGAUCCCGGCCAUCGCGAGUCAGCUUUCAGGAUAUUUGCUACUACACCCGGGAUUAUAGAGAAGCAGCAUGCCGAGGCUGUACAGGGGGUAUUCGUGACUGGGUUCGGGGAUGAUGAUUUGGGGGUUCGGAUUGCUGCGAUGGAAGCAUUUUCAGCCUUCUUCAGGUCGAUUAAGAAGGCGGCGCAAAAGGCGUUUUACCCGCUUCUUACCCAUAUCCUCAACAUUUUGGUGCCGAUAAGGGAUUCACAGGACUCGGAUAAUCUCUCGAGAGCACUCAUGGCCCUUAUAGAUCUUGCUGAAGUCGCCCCGCUAAUGUUCAAGCCCCUGUUCAACAAUGUUGUCAAGUUUGGAAUUUCGGUGGUGCGGGAUAAAGAUUUGACGGAUUCUGCGAGGCAGAACGCAUUGGAAUUGCUAGCUACGUUUGCGGAUAAUGCUCCCAACAUGUGCAAAAAAGAUCCGCUCUAUACCUCUGAGAUGGUUACGCAGUGUUUGAGCCUGAUGACAGAUAUAGGGAACGAUGAUGAUGACGCUUCGGAAUGGAACGAAUCUGAUGAUGUAGGCGUCCUGCGUUGGAUAUUUGUUUAUAUGUCAGGGUAGCUGACUUUGUGAUCCUUUCCCUAGGCUGAUAUGGACGAAAGCGACCUCAACCACGUCGCUGGAGAGCAAUGCAUGGACCGUCUUGCAAACAAACUAGGCGGAUCGGUUCUUCUUGCGCCCACCUUCCAAUGGCUUCCAAGGAUGAUGACUUCCUCUGUGUGGCGUGAUCGACAUGCCGCCCUGAUGGCUAUCUCGGCUAUCUCGGAAGGCUGUAGGGAUAUGAUGGAGGCCGAGUUGGAUAAGAUCUUGGAUCUGGUUGUUCCCGCUUUGAGAGAUCCUCACCCGCGCGUGAGAUGGGCCGGGUGCAAUGCUCUAGGCCAGAUGAGUACGGAUUUUGCUGGUAUUAUGCAAGAGAGAUAUCAUAGCAUCGUUCUUACCAAUAUAAUACCGGUACUUGAGUCUCCUGAGCCAAGGUGGGACAAAGAUUCGCCAGUGGCACUUCUGAAAACUAAUUCACUUGCUGGCAGAGUCCAAUCGCAUGCGGCCGCCGCUCUGGUCAAUUUCUGCGAGGAAGCCGAGAAGGAGGUCCUCGAGCCGUAUCUCGAUGACUUGCUCCGACACUUGUUAGAGCUGUUGCACAAUGACCAGAAACGUUACGUCCAGGAGCAAGCACUUUCUACCAUUGCUACCAUCGCCGAUUCUGCAGAAGUUGCGUUUUCUAGAUACUAUGAUACCUUAAUGCCUUUGUUAUUCAACGUCUUGAAUCGCCCUCAGGACCCCGAGUCAAAGGAUCUUCGUCUGCUUAACGCAAAAGCUAUGGAAUGUGCUACAUUGAUUGCACUUGCGGUAGGACGUGAGAGACUUGGUAAUGAUGCGGUUCAGCUGGUCCAGGUUCUUGGGCGCAUUCAACGUUCGUAAUUUUUCCUUUCCGUACGCUCCCAGCGCUAAACUUUUACAGAGAAUGUUACCGACCCCGACGACCCGCAAGGGUCAUACCUCCUCCAUUGCUGGGGCCGUAUGUGCCGUGUCAUGGGCAAUGAUUUCCUUUCAUACCUUCCUGCUGUCAUGCCCCCUCUCCUAGAGCUUGCGAGUGCUAAGGCAGAUGUCCAACUUCUUGAUGGUAAUGGCUCCACUUUGUUGGUUUAUCGUUGACCUGCUAAUCCGUUUCACGGUAGAUGACGAACAUGUGGCGCAAAUUGAGCAGGAGGAAGGAUGGGAGCUUGUUCCUGUUCGCGGAAAAUACAUUGGAAUCAAAACAUCAGCUUUGGACGACAAGUAUAUGGCGAUUGAGCUUUUGGUGAUCUACGCUCAACAGCUAGAAGCUGCAUUUGAGCCAUACGUCCAGUCAGUUAUGAGGGAUAUCGCUGUCCCAGGUCUGAGCUUUUUCUUUAAUGAUGCGGUUCGGGUUGCUUCCGCUCGACUUGUCCCUCAACUCCUCAACUCUAUCAGGAAGGCCAACGGUCCAGGUUCUGCCCAGUUGGUGGAAAUUUGGCAGCCAACUCUCGCGAAAAUACUCGAUGUCCUAGCCGCCGAGCCGGCGGUCGACACAUUGGCCGAGCUUUACCAGUGUUUCUACGAGUCGGUUGAGGUGAUUGGACAGAACUGUUUGCCUGCCGAGGCUAUGUCUACCUUUAUCAAUGCCGCAGAAGGGACUCUCCAGGAGUACCAACAGAGAGUGCAGGUUCGCCUCGAAGAGGCUCAAAAGCCGGAAGAGGAAAGAGAGGACAAUGAGGAUGCUCUAUAUGCCAUUGAGGACGAUCAAACCCUACUGUCAGACAUGAACAAGUCUUUUCACACCAUCUUCAAACAUCAGGGCGUCUCAUUCCUGCCGCAUUGGGAGCGAUUGCUGCCAUUUUACGACACCUUCAUUACCAGUCCAGAUCCUACACAACGGCAAUGGGCCCUCUGUAUCAUGGACGAUGUUCUGGAGUUUUGUGGGCCCGAGGCCUGGAAGUAUCAAAACCACUUUGUUCAGCCACUCGUAAGCGGCCUGUCUGACCCAAUUGCUGCCAACCGGCAAGCUGCAGCCUAUGGUGUGGGAAUUGCCGCCAAGAAUGGAGGCCCGAUGUUCUCUGAGUUUGUUGCGGCCACAAUUCCAAAACUUUUCGAGGUCACUCAACACCCUCAGGGUAGACAGGAGGAUCAUGUUUUUGCAACCGAGAACGCCUGCGCUUCCAUCGCCAAAAUUCUUCAUUUUAAUUCGAGCAAAGUGGGAGACGUGCAAGCUGUUGUUCAGGCCUGGGUUGGAACUUUGCCCAUUGUUAAUGAUGAUGAGGCUGCGCCAUAUGCCUACUUGUUCCUAGUGCAGUUGAUUGAAGGGUAUGUUGUUUGGCGAGUUUUUUUUUUUUUUUUUUUGAAUGUCCUGCUAAUGCCACGUCUAGAAAAAACGCCGCCGUUCUCGGCAACGUUCCUCAAAUUUUCGACUACGUGGUUAGAGCUCUUGACGCGGAGACCAUCCAAGGCCAGACUGCGGAAAGGGUUGUUGCCGUUACCAAGAGCCUUUUGGCUAUGGCCGGCGGCUCGGCGGCUCAGGUUUUGGCUUCCAUACCAGUUGAACGCCAUAACGCGGCCAGGCGUUGGUUCUCAUAGUGCGCGGUAUUGGGAGGGGGGGGGGCGAAGGGCACUCAUUGGGUCGUUGUCUUUGUUUUCCUUGUCGUCAUUACGGCAUCGUUGUCUUAGAAUUAGUAACUCUCUUGUUAUGUAACUGGACAGAUAAAAGGGGGGGGGGAUUUGGAUGCCAUACCUGUUGAUUUUGCUUCUGUCGACCCCAUGGGAGGGACAAGUGAAGGGCAAGUGUGCUAAUUCCGGGAGCCCCACCGUUCGGGGGGAAUCAAAAAAAAAAAAACGGAGAAUGUAGCCCUUGUUACUCAAAAGUAUCAUGUUUUUCUUGCUUUUCUUUCAUCCCCUUCUCUUCCUGGGAAUUCCAGACCACGGUGUUAAAAAGUGGCAUCCUUUUUCUUUUCAUCCUUUUUCCUUUGGUUGUAAGGUGUUAUUCGAUGCUCCUCCUGACGAUUGGAAGGAGCUGCCGGGUACUGUAUUGUUACGAUGUGAUAUGAUAUUAUAUGAAUUGGAGUGAUGAACACCGGGAGCCGCAUGCGAUACCUUUAUUUUACUUUUACUUUUACGAGGACUCUAGCUUAACUAAUAGUCAUUGGGCCCAGCUCAUCGUCGGUCAAUCAUUGAACAGUACGGC